UCCUUGCCAAUGAGAUUGAGCAGCUAUAUAUAGAUACACAAGUGUCACUGUCGGUGCUGCAACAGGCCUUGGGACGUGAUUAGACCAUCGGCCGGUUCGGGUUUACUUGGCACUGACUGGUUUCAUUCUCCAGCGGGACCUUCAAGAGAAUGGCGAAUUGUGGAAUAGGAAUAGGAGAAGGAGCCCCCAACUGGGAACUGCAGAAGAUGAAGGACGAAUCCAAAUGUUUGGUGUACACCAGGAGAAGGGGCUAUGACAUAACCAGGAACCCGCACCUCAACAAGGGCAUGGCCUUUACUUUGGAGGAGAGGCUGCAAUUGGGCAUCCAUGGCUUAUUACCUCCAAGUGUUAUCAGCCAGGAUAUUCAGGUCCUACGAGUGCUGAGGAACUAUGAAAUGACGAAAGAUGACUUUGAACGGUACAUUUUUCUCAUGGCCCUUCAAGACCGAAAUGAAAAGCUUUUCUACAAAGUACUUCUAUCGGAUAUUGAGAGAUUCAUGCCAAUAGUUUACACACCUACUGUAGGCCUGGCUUGCCAACAAUAUGGACUUGCAUUUCGCAGACCAAGGGGUCUUUUUAUUACUAUCCAUGACCGAGGGCACAUUGCAACAAUACUGAAGUCCUGGCCUGAAACUAAUAUUCGGGCUAUUGUUGUCACAGAUGGGGAACGUAUUCUGGGUCUGGGUGAUCUUGGGAGUUAUGGAAUGGGCAUUCCAGUGGGCAAGCUGGCAUUGUACACAGCUUGUGUUGGUGUGAAUCCCCAGCAAUGCUUACCAGUCAUGCUAGACGUUGGCACAAAUAAUGAGGAAUUGCUGAAAGAUCCUCUCUACAUUGGAUUAAGACACAAAAGAAUGAGAGGCCAAGCAUAUGAUGAUCUUGUGGACGAGUUUAUGCAAGCUGUGACUGAGAGGUACGGUCAAAACUGUCUCAUCCAGUUUGAGGAUUUUGGUAACACCAAUGCAUUUCGGCUUCUGAACAAGUACCGCAACAAGUAUUGCACCUUCAACGAUGAUAUCCAGGGGACAGCUGCAGUGGCAGUGGCAGGCUUGCUGUCAGCUCUACGUAUCACCAAGAAUAAGCUGUCAGAUCACACAUUACUGUUUCAAGGAGCUGGAGAGGCCGCCCUAGGAAUAGCACAACUUUCCGUGUUGGCCAUGGAGAAAGAAGGGACGACUCGACAACAGGCUGCAUGUAAAAUCUGGUUGGUUGACUCCAAAGGCCUCAUUGUCAAGGGACGUGCCAACUUGACUGAGGAGAAGUUGCUGUUUGCUCACCCACACCCUGAGGUGAAGAACCUGGCUGAUGCAGUAAAGAUUCUCAAACCUACUGUGCUCAUAGGAGCUGCAGCAAUUGGAGGAGCAUUUACUGAGCAAAUCCUCAAAGACAUGGCAUGCUUCAAUAAGCAUCCGAUUAUAUUUGCUUUGAGCAAUCGAACCAGCAAAGCAGAAUGCACUGCUGAACAAUGCUACCACGUGACUGAGGGCCAAGCUAUAUUUGCCAGCGGAAGUCCAUUUAACCCAGUUACAAUGCCAAAUGGGCGUGUAAUAUAUCCAGGCCAGGGUAACAACACCUAUGUUUUUCCUGGAGUUGGACUUGGAGUGAUAGCCUGCGGCAUGCGACAUAUCGAUGAAGCGACUUUCCUUAUUGCAGCAGAGGCAUUAGCUGAGCAAGUUCUUGAGAAACAUUUGGCUGAAGGACGUUUAUAUCCCCCGCUUAGUAACAUCCAAGCUGUUUCCUCAACUAUGGCAGUGAAGGUUGCUGAGUAUGCUUUCAAAAAUGGAAUGGCUUCAGUGUUCCCAGAACCUGAAGACAAACGAUCCUUGAUCAAGGGUCUGAUUUACAGCACCGAUUAUGAUGAUUUUGUACUUGAUGCCUACACGUGGCCAGAGGAAGCCUCAAGGAUUCAAACAGUAUAAAAGCAUUGUAUGUAGCAUUACAGAGGGUCUAACAGUUUAAAUUACUAGGGAAAUAAAUCAGUAGGUUUAAUUUUCAAUUUUGCAGUUUGCUGUAGGUAUCUAGGUUUCAUUUUCUAAUAUAAAUAUAUCUUCUGCAACUAAAAAUAUUUUUCCUGUAAUAAAAUAACCCUUACAACUA